AUGGACCAAACCGACCAAUCAGAAAACAGGAAUCAGGGGGACAUCAACCAAUCAGGAGAAGGGAACCUAGGGAUCAUCAACCAAUCAGGAGAAGAAAACCCAGGGGACAUCAGCCAAUCAGGAGAAGGGAAGCUGGGGGACAUCAAGCAAUUAGGAGAGGGAAGCCAAGGAAAUGCAGACAAAUCAGAGGCCUCCACUCAUGGUCAACAGGAAGUGGACGGUGCAGAUGACAAACCCAGGCCUCAGACUCGGCUGCGAAAAGUGCGACAUCGCCGAAUCGGAGGCCAGAACCCCAGAGCCAAUCAGGUGUCUUCUCCGACUGUGGCUCCACCCCCCACCACCGCGGUGUCAGAGAAGAGGGGGGUGCUCCUCUCAAACGAAGCCCAGAGGGAGCUCCUGAAGCAGGCUCGGGCCCUUAGAGAUGAGCGCAGAGCUGCUCUGGACCCCCGACAUAGACACCUCAUCUCCUGCCUGUGUGAGGCCACUGAGCUGGGGGAGAGGGAGGUGGAGGAGGCCCUGGUGUCUGACAACAAGUUCUCAAUGAUAGAGGAGUUCUUUGGUACAAACGGCUCCAAGCGACUCAUGUUCUUCUACCAGAACGCUACACCGACCCCUUCAUCGUCCCACUCCUCGUUUAUGGACGUCGCUUCAGCCGCUACUCAGAAGAAACUUUUCAUCACAACUGGGAUGGAAGAGCCGCUGUUAGGUCUGUGCCUGUUUUUCAUCAGAACCACUGAAAAAGCCAUCACCCCAUCCAACAUGCACCAGGAGGUGAACUUCGGGAUGCUGGACUGUUCUAAUGGAUCUCUGCUUGACAGUUUGCAUACUCUCUUCUCUAAUGUCAUGGUCCCAGCGCUCAAGUGCCAGGAGUCUUGGGGCUGUGUGCAGGAACCCUCUUCGUCCCCUGCUGUUCAGAACUUCCUCUCCUCUCUGGACCACUUCCUGUACAGUCUGAACUCAGUGAGACUAAACCUGGACCAGAGAUUUCAUCUGCAGCAAGUGGAGCUCCCAGAGGCCAUAGAGUGCCUCUACACGCCUGCAGACUACACCAGAGCUGCCAAUAACAGCGACGUGGUGGAGUGUCUGGAGGGUGUGGUCUCGCUCUGGACCAAUCAGAUCCAACAGGUUUUGAUUGACAGCGAACAACUGAGACGAGAGCCAGACGACGCCGGUCCAGCCACAGAACUGGAGCACUGGAAGAGACGCAUGAUCACCUUCAACAGUCUGUUGGAGGAGGUGAAGCGUCCUCAGGUGAAGAAGACUCUGGGCGUUCUGCAGAUCGCCAAGUCCAAAGUCCUGCGCCGCUGGAGGAAACUGGACGCUGACAUCACAGUUGUAGCGAACGAGGCCAAAGACAACGUGAAAUUUCUCUACACUCUGGAGCAAACCUUUGAGCCUCUGGGAAACCGCCCUCCGAGCGGGGUGAUGCAGCACUUGUCUUUGCUCAUGUCCAGUCUGAAAAUGCUCCACUCUGUGUCUCCGUUCUACAACACGCCUCAGAGGAUGACGUCACUGCUGCUCAAAGUGACCAAUCAGAUGAUCAACACCUGUCGCAGCUACCUGUGUGGGGGCGUGGCCAAAGUCUGGGACCACCCACGGCCCGUGUUGUUGCAGAGGAUCGCUGAGUGCUGUCAGCUGAACCGCGAGUAUCAAAGGAGCUUCCACGUCGUCCGAGAGCAGCUCAAACAGAACCCAAAACAGCCACAGUUUCACUUCAGUGAGCACUACAUCUUUGGGAAGUUUGAUGCGUUCUGUUGUCGUUUGGAGAAGAUCUCUGGGAUGGCAUUGACGCUGGAAAAUCUGUCAGCCCUCAAACACAUUAAGGUCGAGGGAGUUGAGAAAAUCUACUCCAACUACCAAACUAUUGUGUUUACAACCAAGUCUAAAACCUAUGACGUCCUGGACCAUCGUAAACUAGAGUUUGACAGUGAUUACUCGGAUUUCCAGUCCCAAAUCCAGUCAUUGUUCGUGUCUCUGGAGUCUCUGCUGGACUUCUGGUUUCAACAGUCUCUGUCUGUGGAGCGGUUGUUGGGUCUCCUCUCUGAGUUUCAGUCGGUCUCUGGUUUGGAGCUGAGGCCGUUUUACCUCCAGGUGCUUCAGAAAUACCACAAAGAACUGGAGCAGAUCAAGAAGACCUACCAGAGGCAAAGAGAAGGCCCUCCGCUAGGACGCAACCUGCCCCCGGUGGCUGGGAGGGUCCUCUGGUGUCGACAGCUCUUCAAUAAAAUGGAGGCUCCAAUGAUGGUCCUGAAACCCAGACUGGACUUCCUCAAGAGUCCAGAGUUGAGUCGUGUGGUGCAGCUCUACAACAGAACCGCCACAGCACUGAUACAGUACGAGCUCCUCCACCUGCAGCACUGGAGCCAGGCAGUAGAGGGCGCUCCACUCCUGCUCAGAAACACACUGCUGCAACGACUGCAAAACCAGGCUCUGGUGGUGAACCUGCACCCUGGGGUCCUGGAAGUGCUGGAGGAGGCUCAGUGGAUGAAGAAGAUGAAGGUGGAGGUGCCCAAACCUGUGGAGAAGAUGAUCUGCAGAGAGACGGAGAUCCGAGCGCUGCACACCAGACUGGUGGACCUCCUUCAGGACUUCGGCUCAGUUUUGGAUCAGAUGCCUCAGCUCCUGGUGCCUCUGCUCCAGCCCUUCAUCUCUCAGGUGGACUCUGCUCUCUCCCCUGGACUCACCAUUCUGAACUGGAACAGCCUCACUGCCAACGCCUUUGUGGACUCUGUGCAGCGCCCCCUGUUGGAGCUGAGGCAGGUGUGUAAAUGUGUGAGUGACCUCCUGGAGUGUCGUAUCGGGCGUCUGCUACAGCGCAUGAGCACCUGCACGCUCCUGACCCUACCUGAGCACACACCCGAGCACUCACCUGUGACCCCAGAGGAACUACUGACCGCCACCGAGGAGGGACUGAAGGAGAGAGCCACGACACUCAGCUUGCAGAGCCAACAGGUGGAGCGUUAUGUUUAUGAACUCAUCGAGGAACUGAAGAGGAAGAUGAAGUCGUCAGAUGCUGUGAAUCUAGAGGAUCCGUUCUCAUGCCUUCAGCCUGACGCCAAACACAAAACACGCUGCACUUCCUGUUUGCCGUGCUGCUGCUUCACUCUGAUUGGUCAGCUGUGCCACAGGAACACAGAGGCGCUCGUCAAAGCCACAAAACUCUCCCUAGACUCUCUGAGGGGGAGGCUGUUUGUGCACAAGCUCCACAGCGCCCCCUGUGCUCCGCCUCUGUUCAGGACAGACAUAGAGCUGUGCAUCCCCAACGUGGUGGUACGGCCCAGUCUGGACCAAAUACAGAGCUCCGUGAACAGACUGGUGUCUCUACUCCUGUCCGCAACUAAAGACAUCCCUCUGUGGACCUAUGCCCACCUGCACCACCGACAGCAGCAGGUGGAGCAGGCCACAGCAGAAGAUGUCCCUGUGAUGCCUCCUGUUCUGAGGUCCAUGGAGAAAGUGGUGUCAGAGCACAAAGACAUCAGCAAGUUGGUGCUGCAGUUGGGUGCAGCGGUCUCGUCACUCAGAUCCUCCACAGCCGAGACUUUAAACGAACUCAAGCACUUCUCCUGCCUCUGGCUUCAGGAUCCAGAGGAGCAGGUCCAGGUCUUCCUCGAGACUAGUCCGUCUCUGUACGAGUUCAGCGCUCAAAUCCAGCAUUACUCUGCACUAGAGUCCCAGAUUGAGUCCCUCCCUGGCCUCUGGACCGUGGGCUGGUUAGUCCUGGACUCGGAACAGUUCAAACGGUCCCUGAAGUCCGAGUGCGCACAGUGGAAGCAAGCGUUUGGCUCCGCCCUAAACCACAAAGCGUCUGCACAGAUGGACCAAGUCUUCUCAUUCGUGGACACCAUGAUCAAACGGCUGCAGCGUCCAAUUACGGACCUCGAGGAUGUUCGCACUGCCAUGGCAACGCUCAAAGAGAUCCGAGACGAGGAGAUCCACAUUGACGCCUCCAUCGCUCCCAUCGAAGAGUCCUUUUCUCUCCUCCACCAACACCAGCUGCACUUCAGCAACAUAGAGAGGACUGACGCUCUGCAGUACCACUGGAGCCAGCUCCAGACCCUGGUGGUCCAGACCCAGGACUCUCUGAUCCAGAUGGAGCCCAGAAUGAAGGCCGAGCUGCUGACGUCAGUGCAGAGCUUCCAGAACAAUCUCAACACCUUCUGCCAAGACUACAACCAAUGUGGGCCUGGAGUGGAGGGUCUGGCCCCAUCUGAAGCCUCUGACCGUCUGCAGAACUUUAACAGAAACAUGGAGGAGCUGUGGAGCCGGUUCACCACAUACUCUGGAGGAGAAGAGCUGUUUGGACUCACCGUCCACGAGUACCCGGAGCUGCAGAGGAUCCGCAGGGAGCUUUCUCUUCUCUCUAAACUCUACUCCCUGUACGACUGUGUGAGCGCCACCGUGAGGCAAUACUAUGAACUGCUCUGGACACAACUAGACAUCGACAAAAUCAACGCUGAGCUGCAGGACUUCCAGAACAGGAUCAGGAAGCUGCCCAAAGCUCUGAAGGAGUGGCAGGCCUUUAAAGACCUGAAGAAAACCAUUGAUGACUUCACCGAGACAUGUCCCCUGCUCUGCAUGAUGGCCAACAAGGCCCUGCUGCCUCGUCACUGGGAGCUUCUCUCUGAAGUGACUGGUCACAGUUUCCAGAUUCAGUCUGAGUCAUUUAGUCUCAGAGACAUCAUGGAGGCUCCACUGCUGCAGCACAAAGACGACAUCGAGGACAUAUGUGUGAGUGCGGUCAAACAGAAGGACAUUGAGUCCAAACUUAAGGAGGUGCAGGACGAGUGGAGCGCUCACUGUCUGAGCUUCGCCCCCUUCAGGACCAGAGGGGAACUGCUGCUCAAAGGAAGUGACAUCACUGAGAAGCUGUCCAACAUGGAGGACAGCCUGAUGGUGCUGACAUCUCUGCUCAGCAACAGGUACAACACUCCAUUCAAGCCACAAAUCCAGCUGUGGGUGCAGAAGUUGUCAGGCUCCGCAGAGAUCCUGGAGAAGUGGCUCUGUGUCCAAAACCUCUGGAUCUACCUGGAGGCCGUGUUUGUGGGAGGAGAUAUUGCCAAGCAGCUCCCUCAGGAGGCGAAGAGGUUCCAGGUGAUGGAUAAAGCGUGGCAGAGGAUCAUGCAGCGAGCUCAUGAUAUGCCAAACGUGGUGCAGUGCUGCGUGAGCGACGACACUCUCACUCAGAUGCUGCCUCACCUUUUGGAGCAGUUGGAGCUCUGUCAGAAGUCCCUCUCUGGAUAUUUGGAGAAGAAACGUCUGGUCUUCCCCAGGUUCUUCUUCGUGUCAGACCCAGCACUGCUCGAGAUCCUGGGCCAGGCCUCAGACUCACACACCAUCCAGGGCCACCUGUUGAGCCUGUUUGAUAAUGUGAACCGCGUCAUCUUCAAUGAGAAAAACUACGAUCAGAUGUUGAGCUUUCAGUCUCAAGAAGGAGAGAGUGUGGAGCUGACCCAGCCUGUCAUGGCUCAGGGGAACGUGGAGGUGUGGUUGGGUCAGCUACUGUCCGCUGUCAGACUGACCCUCCACAACAUCAUCCGCCACGCCCACGUCACCAUCUCCGAGCCAGGACUCAAAAUGGUGGACUUCCAGAGCCGCUUCCCCGCUCAGGUUGGAUUGCUGGGAAUUCAGAUGAUUUGGACCAGAGACGCAGAGAAGGCACUGCUUCUCAGCCGAUCUGACAAGAAGGUGAUGGCGGUGACCAAUCAGAAAUUCUUGGACCUUCUGAACGAGUUGAUCGACAUGACGACUAAAGACCUGAGCAGAAACGAGAGGACCAAAUACGAGACCCUGAUCACCAUCCACGUGCACCAGAGGGACAUCUUUGAUGAGCUGGUGCGUCUGAGCGUUCGUUCUGUGGCCGACUUCGAGUGGCAGAAACAGUCUCGUUUUUACUUCUCUGAGGAGAGUGACAGCUGCCUCAUCCACAUCACAGACAUCCAAUUCUGCUACUGCAACGAGUACCUGGGCUGCACCGACAGACUCGUCAUCACACCCCUGACCGACAGGUGCUACAUUACUCUGUCUCAGGCUUUGGGCAUGAGCUUGGGAGGAGCUCCUGCUGGUCCUGCUGGAACAGGUAAAACAGAGACGACCAAAGACAUGGGCCGCUGUCUGGGGAAGUACGUGGUCGUCUUUAACUGCUCUGACCAGAUGGAUUACAGAGGCCUGGGCCGCAUCUACAAAGGUCUGGCUCAGUCCGGGGCGUGGGGAUGCUUCGAUGAGUUUAACCGCAUUGAGCUGCCCGUGCUGUCGGUGGCAGCACAGCAGAUCUACAUCGUGUUGCAGUGUAAGAAGAAUAAGAAGAAGACCUUUGUGUUUUCGGAUGGAGACGAGGUCGAGAUGGACCCCGCCUUCGGUAUCUUCCUCACCAUGAACCCGGGAUACGCCGGGCGGCAGGAGCUCCCAGAAAAUCUGAAAAUCCAGUUCCGGACCGUGGCCAUGAUGGUCCCGGACCGGGCCAUCAUCAUGAGGGUCAAACUGGCCAGCGCCGGCUUCAGAGAGAACCAGAGCCUGAGCCGCAAGUUUUACACACUCUACAAGCUGUGUGAGGAGCAACUGUCCAAACAGGUCCAUUAUGACUUCGGCCUGAGGAAUAUUUUGUCUGUCCUGAGGACUCUGGGCUCCGUGAAGAGAGCCAACCCCACAGAGCCAGAGAAGACUGUGGUCAUGAGGGUGCUCAGGGACAUGAACCUGUCCAAACUGGUGGAUGAAGACGAGCCUCUUUUCAUGAGUCUCAUCAAUGACCUGUUUCCUGGAAUCGUGGUGGACAAAGCAGAGUACCCUGAGCUGCAGAGGGCGAUCCAGGGCCAGUGUGAGCGCAGUGGGCUGGUGCCUCACAGCGCCUGGGUCCUCAAACUGGUGCAGCUUUAUGAGACACAGAGAGUCCGGCACGGCAUGAUGGCUCUUGGUCCCAGUGGAUCGGGAAAGUCGUGCUGUAUCCGGACUUUGAUGGGAGCGCUGGGAGAGUGUGGAGCUCCUCACAGAGAGAUGAGGAUGAAUCCCAAAGCCAUCACCGCGGCUCAGAUGUUCGGGACUCUGGACCCGACCACCAACGACUGGACCGACGGCAUCUUCUCUACUCUGUGGAGGAGAAGUCUCAGGGCCAAGAAGGGCGAGCACAUCUGGAUCGUCCUGGACGGUCCGGUCGACGCCAUCUGGAUCGAAAACCUCAACUCGGUUUUGGACGACAACAAAACUCUGACACUGGCCAAUGGAGACCGCAUCCCCAUGGCCCCCUGCUGCAAGAUUGUGUUUGAGCCCCAUAACAUUGACAACGCGUCCCCAGCCACAGUGUCUCGAAACGGGAUGGUGUUCAUGAGCGAGUCGGUGCUGGGCUGGAGGCCUCUGCUUCAGGCCUGGACCCAGACUCUGCCUGAAGCCCAGAGACAGGAGCUGGAGAGAAGCUUCUACGCCUGUUAUCAGGAUGUGCUGGACUUUGUCUGGACCGCGGUCAGUCCAAAGAUGCAGGUGCUGGAGUGUAUGUACAUCCACCAGACCAUUGACCUGCUGCAGGGCCUGUUGAUGUCAGUGGAGGAGAAACAGGUCUGUGCUGAUCAUCUGAGUCGUCUUUUCACGUUCGCCCUCAUGUGGUCACUGGGGGCACUGCUGGAGCUGGAGGACAGAGCCAAGAUGGAGAACUUCCUCAAGAGUCACUCUUCUGCUCUGGACCUGCCCCAGACUGAGCCGGACCAGACCAUCUUUGAGUUUACAGUCAAUCAGCAGGGCCAGUGGGAGCACUGGGCCAAUAAGGUCCCAGAGUACGUCUACCCCAGAGACCAGGUGCCAGACUACAGCUCGAUCCUCGUCCCAAACGUGGACAACGUGAGGACAGACUUCCUACUUCAGACCAUCUCCAAACAGAAGAAGGCCGUGCUGCUGAUCGGAGAGCAGGGGACCGCCAAGACCGUCAUGAUACAAGGGUACCUGGGGAAGAUGGCCGCUGACUCUCACCUGUGGAAAACUCUGAGUUUCUCAUCUGCGACGCUGCCGGUCAUGUUCCAGCGCUCUGUUGAGAGCUACAUUGACAAACGCAUGGGCGCCACCUACGGGCCGCCUGCAGGACGCAGCAUGAGCCUGUUCAUAGAUGACAUCAACAUGCCCAUCAUCAAUGAGUGGGGCGACCAGAUCACCAAUGAGAUCGUGCGUCAGCUGAUGGAGCAGGAGGGGUUCUACAGCCUGGAGCGUCCCGGGGAGUUCAUCCAUGUGGUUGACGUACAGCUGGUGGGGGCCAUGAUUCACCCGGGCGGAGGUAGAAACGACAUCCCACAGCGUCUGAAGAGGCAGUUCUCCAUCUUUAACUGCACCCUCCCCUCCAACGCCUCCAUCGACCGCAUCUUCAGCACCCUGGCUCUGGGGUACUUCUGUCCAGAGAGGGGCUUCAGUCCUGGGGUGUGUGCCCUGGCCCCUGCCCUGGUGCCCACAACCAGACGAGUGUGGCAGGCCAUCAAAGCCAAGAUGCUGCCGUCUCCAGCCAAGUUCCACUACAUCUUCAACCUGAGAGACCUGAGCCGAAUAUGGCAGGGGAUGCUGACGGUACAGUCGGAGGUGUGUGUGAGCGAGGAACUGCUGUCGGCUCUGUUCCACCACGAAGUUUCCAGGGUCAUCGCCGACAGGUUCACCGACCAAUCGGACAGAAACGCCUUUAGUGACAUCAUCAGCAAGAUCACUGCUGAGGAUCAUGGGAAGGCUCUCACUGAGCAUGCUCAGUGGAACAGCAGUUUUGUGGAUUUCCUGCGUGAGGCUCCAGAGGCAACUGGAGAUGAGCCAGAGGAGGUGGAACUAGAGGCGCCAAAACUGUAUGAGCCAGUCUCGUCACUGGAGGCCUUAGCGGAGCGUCUGUCGUUCUUCCAGCUUCAGUACAACGAGGCGGUGAGGGGUGGGGCCAUGGACCUCGUCUUCUUUAAGGAUGCGAUGGUGCACCUGAUGCGCGUGUCUCGGAUCCUUCGUACGCCCCGGGGGAACGCUCUGCUCGUGGGGGUGGGGGGGUCAGGGAAGCAGAGUCUGACCCGCCUCGCCUCCUUCAUUGCUGGGCACCAGACAUUCCAGAUCACCCUCACCAGGUCAUACGGCUGCUCUAACCUCCUGGAUGACUUUCGAACUCUGUACAGACUGAGCGGUCAUCAGGGUCGAGGAGUUACCUUCCUCUUCACCGACAACGACAUCAAGGACGAAGCAUUUCUGGAGUACUUGAAUAAUGUUUUGGCGAGUGGGGAGGUGUCAAACCUUUUCCCUCGGGAUGAACUCGAUGACAUCACUCAGGACCUGAUCCCUGCCCUGAAGAAACACGCCCCCAAACGACCUCCAACCCCGGAGAACCUCUAUGACUACUUCCUGUCCCGAGUCCGAGCCAACCUCCACGUGGUGCUCUGCUUCUCUCCCAUCGGAGACAAGUUCAGGUCCAGGGCUCUGAAGUUCCCAGGCCUGAUCUCUGGCUGCACUGUGGACUGGUUCCAUCGCUGGCCCAAAGACGCCCUGGUGGCUGUGUCCCGUCACUUCCUGUCUACGUACUCUGAACUGCGCUGCCCCCCACAGGUCAAAGAAAGUGUGGUCCUGUCCAUGGGAACCUUCCAGGAUGUGGUGGCUGAGAAAUGCUCUGAAUACUUUGAGCGUUUCCGGCGUCAGGUCUUCGUGACUCCUCGCUCCUUCCUCUCCUUCAUCAACAGCUACAAACUCAUCUACACAGAGAAGAUCCUCCACGUGGGGACCCUCAUCCAGCGCAUGCACACCGGUCUGAGUAAACUGUUAGAGGCUGAGCAGUCCGUCUCUGAACUCUCUGAGCAGCUGGUCCUAAAAGAGCAGGAGCUGGCCAGUGCCUCCCAGAGGGCAGACACAGUACUGCAGGAGGUCACAGAGAAGGCCCACGCUGCUGAGAAGGUGAAGCAGCAGGUGCAGAAGGUGAAGGACAGAGCUCAGAUGAUUGUGGACGAGAUCGAGGCUGAUAAGUCCAUCGCUGAGUCCAAACUGGAGGCGGCUAAACCUGCUCUGGAGGCAGCCGAGGCCGCGCUGCAGACGAUCAAACCAGGCGACAUUGCGACUGUUAGGAAGCUGCAGAAGCCUCCUCAUUUGAUCAUGAGGAUCAUGGAUGCCGUGCUGCUGCUGUUCCAGAGGAAGAUUGACCCGGUGACCCCUGACCCCGAGCGCCCCUGUCCUCGUCCUUCCUGGGCUGAAGCCAUGAAGCUGAUGCAGAACGCUGGCUUCCUCAAUUCACUGCUCAACUUCAGCAAGGAUUCGAUUACGGAGGAAAUGGUGGAGCUUGUCGCCCCCUAUCUGCAGAUGGAGGAUUACAACAUGGACUCGGCCAAGAGAACCUGUGGUAACGUGGCGGGACUGUGCUCCUGGACUCAGGCCAUGGUCGACUUCUACGCCAUCAACAAGGAAGUGUUGCCAUUGAAGUCUAACUUGGCUCUGCAGGAGGCUCGGCUCCUCGCGGCUCAGGUUGAACUGGCCAAAGCUCAGGAGCAGCUUGACGCCAAACAGAAGGAGCUGGACCAAGUUCAGGCUCUGUACGACGCAGCGAUGAAAGAGAAGCAGGACCUAGAGGACGACGCUCAGAAUUGCAGACGAAAAAUGUCCAAUGCCACUGCUCUCAUCGAUGGACUAGGAGGGGAGAAGGUGCGGUGGACCAGCUCGUGCUCUGGUCUUCAGGCUCAGAUGGAGAGUCUUGUGGGAGACGUGCUUCUCUCCUCUGGGUUCCUGUCAUACUCUGGGCCCUUUAACCAGGAGUACAGAGGUCUGCUGCAGGAACACUGGAAGAACCUUAUGGAAGCACACCACAUCCCCUUCAGCCAAGACAUUGAUGUCUCCUCUCUGCUGGUGGACACUGGGACCGUGGGGGAGUGGUCUCUUCAGGGACUUCCCACAGACGAGCUCUCCGUGCAGAACGGCAUCAUUGUGACUAAAGCCCCCCGUUUCCCUCUGCUCAUCGACCCCCAGGGCCAAGGCAAGACAUGGAUCCAGAACCGCGAGAGAGAGCGCCUCCUACAGGUGACGUCUCUGAAUCACAAGUACUUCCGCUCUCAUCUGGAGGACUGCCUGUCUCUGGGGCGCCCCCUACUGCUUGAGGAUGUGGGGCACGAGUUAGACCCGGUGCUGGACAACAUCCUUGACAAGAACUUCAUCAAGUCUGGCUCCUCCUUCAAAGUGAAGGUGGGGGACAAAGAGGUGGAUGUCUUAAAGGGCUUCUGUCUCUACAUCACCACCAAACUGUCAAACCCUGUGUUCAGUCCUGAGGUCAGUGCGCGUGUGGCUGUGGUCGACUUCACUGUGACUCAGAGAGGGCUCGAGGACCAGCUGUUGGGACGCGUCAUCCUCAUCGAAAAACAGGAGCUGGAGGGGGAGCGGGUGAAGCUGAUGGAGGAGGUGACCACAAACCGCAGGAGGAUGCAGGAGCUAGAGGACAGUCUCCUGCUCAGGCUCAGCUCCACACAGGGCUCUCUGGUGGAGGACGAGUCACUGAUAGAGGUGCUACAGGUCACCAAGACGACGGCCCACGAGGUGAGUGAGAAGCUGUCCAUCGCAGCUGAAACAGAGAUGAAAAUAAACCGGGCUCGUGAGGAGUACCGGCCUGUGGCCACCAGGGGCAGUAUCCUGUACUUCCUGAUCGUGGAGAUGUCCAUGGUGAACGUGAUGUACCAGACGUCGCUCAGACAGUUCCUGGGACUGUUUGACUCAUCCAUGAAGAACUCCGGCCGCUCUCCAGUCACCUCCAAACGCAUCACCAACAUCAUUCAGUACCUCACGCAGCAUGUCUUCUGCUACACCUGCAGAGGUCUGUAUGAGGAGCACACACUUCUCUUCACUCUGCUCCUCACUCUGAAGAUCGACCUGCAGGCAAGAGCCAUCUCCCAACAAGAGAUCCUCACCUUCAUCAAAGGAGGAGCGUCUCUGGACCUGAACUCUGUGGAGCCUAAGCCCAAACGCUGGAUCCUCGACCAGACCUGGUUAAACCUGGUGCAGCUCUCCAGCCUGCCACCCUUCUCCCACAUCCUCCAACAGGUGAACCAGGGGGAUCGCUGGUGGAGGGCCUGGUUCGACCAGCCUGCGCCUGAAGACGCUGCUCUGCCCGAGGGGUAUGAGAGCCAACUGGACCCCUUCAGGAGACUACUUCUGGUGCGGAGCUGGUGCCCAGACCGCACCAUCGCGCAGGCGCGUCGGUACAUCAGCUCCUCUCUGGGUUCCUCCUUCACUGAGGGUCUAGUCCUGGACCUGGAGGGUCUGUGGUCAGAGGCGGACUGCAGGACUCCUCUGGUGUGCCUGCUGUCGAUGGGUUCUGACCCCACAGAGAACAUCGAGAGACUCGCCAAGGCCAAGGGGGCAGCGUGCCGGCCUGUCUCCAUGGGGCAGGGGCAGGAGGUGCACGCGCGCAGACUGUUAGCUCAGAGCUGCGCAGACGGAGGGUGGCUGCUCCUGCAGAACUGCCACCUGGGCCUGCACUUCCUGGAGGAGCUGCUGGAGAGCAUCACCUGUGCACCAGAGAGGGAACUGCACCCAGGCUUUAGAGUCUGGAUCACCACCGACGUCCACGACAAGUUUCCCAUCACAUUCCUUCAAUCAUCCAUCAAGUUCACAAACGAGCCUCCUCUGGGGAUGAAGGCUGGUCUGAAAAGGACUUUUGGGGGACUGACCCAGGAGCAGCUGGGUGUGAGUGACCUACCGCAGUGGAGACCUUUGCUGUAUGCUGUGGCCUUCCUCCACACCACUGUGCAGGAGCGGCGUAAAUUUGGAGCUCUGGGCUGGAAUAUUCCAUAUGAGUUUAACCAGGCUGACUUCACCUCCAGCCUCCAGUUUGUGCAGAACCUCCUGGACAACAUGGACCUGAAGAGAGGAGUGGACUGGGCCUGUCUGAGAUAUAUGCUGGGUGAGGUGCAGUAUGGCGGCAGAGUGACUGAUGACUUGGACAAGCGUCUGUUGAACACGUUCACUCAUGUUUGGUUCAGUGAAAACCUCUUCACUGAAACGUUCUGCUUCUACAAAGGCUACACCCUCCCAGAGAAAGUCUCCAAAGUCCAGGAGAUCCUACAGCAUGUGGACGGACUGCCAGCGGUCGACUCCCCAGAGGUUUUUGGGCUCCACCCGAACGCUGACAUCACAUACCAAACAAAUUUGGCCAAUCAGACGCUGAGCACAAUCAUAAACAUCCAACCAAAGGACAGUGGGGGAGGGGCCGGAGAGACCAGGGAGAGCAGUGUGCAAAGACUGGCCAGCGAGAUGCUGGAGAAGCUGCCACCUGACUACAUCCCACAUGAGGUUCGAUCCCAGCUCCAGAGGAUGGGUCCUCUUCAGCCAAUGAACAUCUUCCUCAAACAGGAAGUGGACCGCAUGCAGCGAAUCAUCAGCCGAGUUCGGAGCACACUCAGUGACCUGCAGCUCGCCAUAGAUGGCUCCAUAGUGAUGUCGGAGGAGCUGCGUGAUGCUCUGGACUGCCUGUUUGAUGCCCGUGUCCCUGGGGCGUGGCUCAGGUUGAGUUGGGCGUCUGCGUCUCUGGGCUUCUGGUUCAGUGAGUUACUGGAGAGGAACCUUCAGCUCUGCUCGUGGAUCAGCUCUGGACGUCCUCACACUUUCUGGCUCACAGGCUUCUUCAACCCACAGGGUUUUCUGACGGCGAUGCGACAGGAGAUGACCCGUCUGAACCAGGCCAAAGGUUGGGCUCUGGACUCUGUUGUGCUUAGUAAUGAUGUCACUAAACAAAUGAAGGAGGAUGUGUCAGCCUCUCCCCCUGAGGACGUGGGUGGAGUGUACAUCUACGGCCUGUUCCUGGAUGGCGCCGGGUGGGACCGACGCAGCGCCAAACUCACAGAGGCUGCAGCAAAGGUGCUGUUCACUCCUUUACCUGUGGUCCACGUCUACGCAGUCAACUCCAGUGACAGUUCCAAGAUGGCCGACAACAGACGGUCUGUCAGCUCGUACUCGUGUCCUGUCUACAAGAAGCCACGCCGCACCGACCUCAACUACAUCUUCUCCGUGAGUCUGCGCUCCACCCAGCCCCCCGAGCACUGGACCCUGAGGGGCACAGCACUGCUCUGCGACUGCAAAUGAGGAGUCAGGAUGGGGGAGCCAGAUCAUGAUUUAAAUUUUAUCACGAUUCAUGUACACUUCAUAUUUUUUCUGCUCAUUUGCUUCUUCUAAAAGGUCGUGCUUUACUGUGAUUGGUUAAAUCCAGCUAUCAUUUAGCCAGAGUUUACAGAGGCUGACCAACAGGAGAAAAGGGUGAGAAACAGUGUCUGUGUGUGAGCAGAGAGCUGCAUUAAAGUGGAUCACAACAUGAGGAUUUCACCAAAAUAACAGAUUGUCACAGCAAUGAGAUCACAGUUAGUUUUAUCACCAUA